UUCAAAUACUACUGACAAUUGUGCAAACGUCAAAGACGGGCGUACGCAAUUUUGACAGUUCAUUGAGACAGUUGGCUGUUGUUGUUUGCAUUUAAAACCGCGGUCGCGAAGUACGGCUCGGCCAUGGCAGAUAAUCCAACAGCGAAUAAUCCAACACAAAAUAAAACGAACGAUGCUGGACCAUCUAAUCGCCGUGGCGGUUCCUCACGUGGACGUACUGGUUGGCGUGGUAAUUGGCGAGGAGGUUACCGGGGAUAUCGUCACCAAACUAAUGUGUCCAGAGAAAAGCAGGUAGGCUUUGCACUGCCAUCGUCUUCCGGGGAAAGCGCUUUGGGAUCAGGCAGUAUCACUCCCACAGCAUCGAUUUCUACAAGCAUAGGAAAUGGUACAUGUGAAUACGUCGGAUGGAAGUUAUACUUCCCCAAAGAAGAUUAUUCAAGCGGAUCUAAGACAGUUCAUCAUAUACGAGCGAUGCAGAAACAUUACAAGGAAUUUGCAGACCUGUACGAUCUUCCACAGGUGAAGAAUAAUUGUUGGUUUGAAUUGAAACUAGAUGCAUGCGACAACGAUGCCCAGCUACGUUCUCAAUGGUCCACGUUACGACAAGAUUUGACAGACAAUCCGGAACACGCGCUUGCUUGUAUCGGGCUGGCAAUGCACCAUACGUUAAUGAACGGACAGUCGUGCAGUAGCUCUCAAAACGAUACAAAUCUGUGCCUGCAAACCAUCAGACCACGGAUAGUGGGAUACGGACCGGAGGUUUCGAUCGGAUCGAUAAAAGUGAGCAGCUUCGGCAAGUUGGUCUCCGUACGAGGUACAAUCAUACGCGCGGGUGCAUCACAAAUCAUGAACACUUGGUGUGCCUUCCGCUGUGCGCAGUGCGGCAAUGAGCAGGCAGUGCAGCAGAAGGAUGGAAUAUAUACCACACCAACAUCGUGCCAUAGCGGAUGCAAGGCACGCAGCCAUUUCGUACUAAUGCAAACAUCGGUAUUCACACGCAUGGAAGCUUAUCAAACCAUUCGUCUGCAGGAAACGACGCAAGGAUCGCGGACUGUAGCAGGCAGUGCGGCCAAAAACAUCGAAAUAGAGCUAACGCAUGAAAUGGUGGAUAGUGUGUGCCCAGGAGACGAUGUCACCGUGACAGGUAUACUGAAGGCACGGUCACAGGACCCAGAUGGUACAGCGAAGGCGAGUCUGUACAAAGCUUACAUGCAGGCGGUGUACGUUCGCAGCAACAAGAACGUGCUCGCGAACUGGAAUCGUUUGGCGGAAUUUACGGAUCUAGAUAUGGAGGCAAUACGCAUGAUAAAGUCAGAACCAUCCCCAUUCCGGUUGCUGGUACAAUCGCUCUGUCCCUCCAUUUACGGGCACGAGGUGGUAAAAGCGGGACUCUUGUUAGGUUUGUUCGGUGGUCAAGCCAACACUGCCCGUACACGAGCCGAGAUUCACGUGCUAGUCGUUGGUGACCCGGGAAUAGGAAAAAGUCAAAUUUUACAAAGCUGUGCCAACGUUUCACCAAGGGGAAUAUUCGUGUGUGGAACCAAUUCUUCCAAUGUCGGGCUUACGGUAACAGUACGGAUGGAAAAGGGUGUCGGUGCGUCGUUGGAAGCGGGCGCCUUAGUACUGGCCGAUCAAGGCGUCUGCUGUAUCGAUGAGUUCGACAAAAUGUCCGGCCAUCACGGACUGCUGGAGGUAAUGGAGCAGCGCUCGGUAAGCGUCGCAAAAGCGGGCGUCAUCUGCACGGUCCCCGCAAGGACAACUGUUCUUGCCGCAGCCAAUCCUGCCGGUGGGCAUUACAACAAGGCGAAAACGGUUUCGGAAAACUUAAAGCUACAUCCUGCGCUACUUUCUCGAUUCGAUUUGGUGUUCAUCCUUCUGGAUCGUUCGAACGAACGAACGGACAAUCUGCUCACCGCACACAUCCAAAAGGUUCACGGAUUGUCAAAAACUUCCACCACUACGACACCGACCGGCCAUCCGUUCUUUGAAGCAUCUUCGGCCAGCAGUUUUUCACACGAUGAAGACGUAGAACCUCCGUUGGAAGAACGACUCCGGUUAGCACCGGGAGAAAAGAUGGAUCUUUUGCCAGCGGAACUCGUACAAAAGUAUAUUGGAUAUGCUCGUAAAAACGUACAACCAAAACUAACGGCAAAAGCGGCGGAGGAGCUGCGUGAUUUCUUUGUCGAGCUACGCCGGGCACAUCAUGAGAUGGACAUGAUUCCCGUCACUACCCGUCAGCUCGAGGGGUUGAUAAGGUUAACACAGGCACGGGCAAAGAUCGAUCUAUCACCGGAAGCUACCGUAGCUCAUGUGCGUGACGUGUUGGCCAUCCUACGGCAAAGUAUGCUGGAUGUGUUUAGUACCGAUGAGGGCGACCUUCAGUUUACCCGCCUUACAAAUGGUAGCGGUACCAGCAAAACAUCGUUGGUAAGGAAAUUUAUCCGUGUGUUGGCGUCACGAUCGGCAGUUACCGGUUCGACGCUGUUCACGGUGGCCGAAUUGAAGCAGGCAAUGGUCGCCGGUGGCAUUAAUGCCAGCUGUAACGAGCUGAUCGACACGAUGAACAUUCAAGGAUUUUUGCUAAAGAAAGGACGCGAUUGUUACAAAUUCAUCAUUGAUUAACGUU